AUGAACAAUUCAAUUGGAGAUCUCAUUCAGUUUGAUGAUUGUACCGAUUUAAAGGUUGCUUCAAUAGUAAACAAAACAUCAUACAUAUCUUGUAUUAAAAUCCAUGGGAAACCGAUAUUACCUCCUCUCAUCAGUGAAGAAAAAAGAUUGGAAUUGAGAAAGUAUAAGGAAAAAGCAAUUGAAAUAGAAAAAAAAUUACAAAAGAAUAAAGUGAAUGACCAAAUUUCAAGUGAUGUGUCUCCAAUAUCAACAUUGCCUCCCAGUCGACAGUCUACUCCUGCCAGACCUGCUAGCUUAGAUUUAAAUGAAAAGUGUCCUGGGCAGACUUACCUGCUCUCUAAAUCAAAAACAGAAGGAUCUCUGCAUGAAUACUCGAAAACAUUAAUUGCAGAUUCACCAAAUAAUUCUAGUCAGCCAAGUUUCAAAAAAUUAGAUUUUAAUUCAUAUAAGAGCACAUUAGAGCAAAGAUUGGCUCUCGAGGAAAAUUUACCAGUAAAACAAAUCAGAAAUAAAUAUAAACAAUCUCCCAUUGUUGAAGAAAAAUGGUGCGAUUCUGAAGAAGAUUUCAAUAAGUGGUCUCCUUUAAAAGUAGAACCCCUGAAUUCUUUUAAAGUAACGUUGCAAAAUGAAAAUUUAGAAAAAUCGCUGGACGAUAGUCAAAACACUCCAGAUACCAUAACCCAAUCUCCUAGUUUAUUGCGUCAAAAUUCUUACACGUUACUAACGCCAAGUCCAGCAUUGUUAGGUUACCUAGAAUCAGAAAAAAAAAAGAAACACGAAAACGUGCAUAGAUCAAAUUCCGGGAGAAAAACUUGGAAUUUAUCAAAAGCUCAAGAAAAAUGGAAUCCGAACAAUAAAAAUGCAGAUGGAAAAACAAUAAACGGACAAAAUUCAAGCGACGAACAAGAUGUUCAAACCGACAGUAAAAAGGGUUGGAGUUCUUUCGAAGACUUCUCAACUUUUGAGAGCAGUAAUCAAGACGUUGAAUCAAACGACGUGACGGAAGAAAAAGCAUUUACAAACGGAAGUGGUACUAGUCCAGAGUCUUACAAGUGUAGAAAAGGCAUUCCGGUUCCCAUAAAGCUAAAAUGUAAAAUAAAAGGAAAAAAAAGUAAAUUAUUCAAAAGCGUGCCUUCUCCGAAAUCGAGCGAAAAAGUCCAAACCAAAUCGCAAGCGUCAAUUUCAAAACAAAACCCCCCAGAUUAUGUGCCUUCGGAAUUUAAAAACGAAUUGUCGGAAUUGUCCAAUUUGUUGGUUCAAAUGAAAUUCAAUCACGAAAAGCAGAAAAAAGAUUUGGAAGAAAGGCAACAAACGGAAAUGAAGCAAUUGGAAAUAUUGUUUAAAAAAAAAGAAGAAGAGCUAUUGAAAAAAAUACAACUGAAUCCGAAAAAAUCGAGGAAAUCUGUGUACUCGCACAAGUCAAAGAAUCCAGAAACGAACGAAUACGAUAUCAGGGUAAUGGGUGAUGGAAAUCACAGUCAGGGCAAAUAUGACAGAGAGAAUUUUAUUGAGGAAAAAUUUGUUAGUUAUUAUAAGCAAUGUAGGAGACCUCAUUCAGCUAAAGAUUUUCAUCAUAUUUAUAGUUAUGAAGAUAUUAUUGAUGAGAAUAAGAGAGCGAGAUCAACCGAUUUUAAUCAUGGAAAUCAAGACACGGAUUUAGAUGUUAGUUUUCCAGAGGAAUUCGUACAACAAUCCAGAGAUGCGACUUUAAACAAUGAUUGUAUGACCGAAUCGGAUUCCAUAAGUAAUUUUAGCAGUAGAUCGUCGACUAUGAGCUCAGAGAACAAACCGGAUUUAAUUCCCGUCGUUGCAUUUAAAAAAUAUCGAGAUUUGACAAAGGAAGAAUAUGAUAAAUACGUUCGGGCGGCAACUAAAAUCACGGCAGCCGUUCGAGGAUACCUAACGAGAAGAUUGCUUCGAACCGCACACGUUCAAGGAUUGAUAACAACCCUUAAGGAUGCGAUAAUUUGCGCCACGCAGCUUCAUUCAGCUUCCGACAUUGCAGAUUCGGAUAUUGAUCUCAUGAGAAGAUUAGGUCGACAGAUCGAAGCAGCUUGGGAUGCAGUUUACGGAGUUUUUUUCAAUACGGAAACAACGACAAGAUUACAAUUGAUAGCGGCGGAUAGAGAAAGAUUGAAAGCGAUCGUGACGAAAAAUCCGAUCGUAAAUGAUAAGAAGAAAAGGAUUUCGUCUGCUACGAGAAAAUCAUUAGAUAGAAAAAGAGGAAAUUUGAAUUACAUGUCGAAAUCGCAAAGUUCAAACGGAUGCACAAGAGUGAGAAUGUGCACGAAAAUGGCCAAUUCUUAUCCGAGCCCGUAUUUUCCGCAAAAGUUGAAGUGA